UCUUGGUGCUUAAAAAUAACGCCCGUUUCAUAGCACGCCAGGAACAGCGUGUAUGUUAUGGUUUGUUUGGUUUAAAGAAAAAAAGUUAUACAGUUUAUACUUUUUUUAAAACUACUCCUUGUGUUUCUAACAACAGACGCUAUUGUGUACGGAAUAUUUGACAAUUCCGGUGACAAUGGAGGACGAUGAAGUCCGAAAGACGUGCGUGUUUCGAUGUCGUCACAAUGUGUCGGCUGAGUCGACGGAAGAGAAGGCUCGUGUACCCACACACGGAGAGAAAGGCGACACCAGAAGAACGGUUUGGCUGCGAAUAGUAUUUCUGAAAAUUGAAGAGAUCGACACGGUGAAGGAGCAGUUUCGUUCAGACCUCUUCCUGCAGGCCAAGUGGCGCGAACCCAGACUUGACGGUGUGUGUCUCAAGACGGUUAACGUGGAGGAGUACUGGAAUCCUCACCUUCACAUUGAAAACGGCAAAAACAGCCCGACACAAUCCGUCCGCGCUAGCCUGGAGUUCGAUCACUGUCACAAUGCCUUCAUUGUGGAGAAGAGGAGAAUUCACGGAGAUUUCGCCGAAAAUCUCGAACUCGAAGAAUUCCCUUUUGAUGUUCAGAGCCUGUCAGUACUGGUUAGCAGUGAACACCCAGAAAGCCAGGUGGAGCUUGUGGAAGACCCGAAUGAAGCGAGCAGUCUGAACAAGGACAGCUUCGCCCAGGCACAGGUCUGGACACUGAUGGAUUUUGUGGAGGUGGAGCGAAAAUCCAUCGACAACAAGUUUUCCCUGGACAGCUACAAGCGCGCCGGCAUUUUCUUCAGGUGUUGUGCGUACAGACGAUCAGGAUUCUUUCUCUGGAAUAACUUCCUGUUUAUGGCGCUGAUCACCGCGAUGUCGUUCACCAUAUUCGCCGUGGAUCGCAACGACCCAGGCAGACGACUUCAACUGACCUUCAUCCUCAUUCUGACGGGCAUGACCUUCAAAUAUGUCGUCACAAAGUCUCUACCCAAGAUUUCAUAUUUAACUCAUUUGGACAAGUAUAUCAUCUGUUCCAUGGUGUUUUUGUUCGUGGUCUGCAUCUGGCACGGAAUAGUGCCACUCCUCGGCGACGACGUCAGUCUGUCGCAACAAUUCGACCUGUGGCUACUGCUCAUCUUCGUCUUUAUAUUUGUACUAACGCAAAUUACAUUUUUGGUGAUGAUUAUAGGACGGGGACACAAGAAAAGGAAAAAUGGCAGAGAGAAGCUAGCAGCUUAUAGAAAUAAACUGAACGCCAUCAAAUUUCAGAAAGAUAAGAAGAAGCGACUUGGUGCUGUUAUGAAACGAAAACAAUCAAUUGUGCCAUAUUGACUAUUUACACUCGUCCAAAAAGCUGCCAAUUACUAAUAUUUUGCUUUUGGACUAUGUGUGAAUAUUUUUAAAACAUCCACAAGAACUAAAUCACUCAACAUCAACUGGACCAUUAUUCACGGUACGAACGUACAGUAUCUGGAUACCAAACUCACAAUGAUGAAAGGCUAAAUUAUCACUGAUGUCUGUUCAAAAAGUGGCCAAUCGUAUCUAUAACCCCUCCGCCAAGCUGCCAAACACCUGCAUUGUAGGGCCUUAAUGUGGAUGUAGGUCUACAACUGCGCAUCUCAUGGAAGCUUGCUCGAUGCGCGGUCGGUGUGGGAUCAAUCCCCGUCGGUGGGCCCAUUAGGCUAUUUCUUGUUCCAGCCAUAGCACCACGACUGGUAUAUCAAAGGCUAUAGUAUGUACUA